AGAAAAUUAACUUACUAAUGAUGAUUUUUCUUAAGUUGUAUUGUUAACACAAUCUUAUGUAACAAAUUUAGAGUACAAAUAAAAACAUGGAUUGAGGUUUAAGUUAAGAUUAAAAUAAUGUCAGAGAAUCAAUACUAAUUCUGGUUGAAUUUAAAAAAUUUAGGUUUAUGUUAGAAAAUAUGUUUUCCAUGGAACUGAAUGAAUUUCAUGAUAUCGCGCAAAAAAUCGUGACAAAUGCAAUUAAAGAAUCAACUGUUGAGGAAAAGAUUAACAAACUUGUUGAUUUUUUACAAUCGAUAAAUUUUAAAGUAAUAAAAAAAUUUGAAGGUUUAGAUAGCAACUUCUAUAUACUGGGAUCAGUAGAAUAUUUGAUUCAAAAUCUUGAAGAUAAUACUAUAACUCUUCAGAAUCUGAAAUCUUCACCGUAUAUUAAACCAUUUUUAGACAUAGUUCAAAAAUGGGAAAUUACUUUCCGCGAAAUUUCAGAAGUAAUAGAAGCCUGGACAGAAUUUCAGACAAAAUGGUUGUAUUCAAGAGAAAUUUUUCUUGAUAAUGACAUAAAACUACAACUACCUGAAAAAACUAUAAAAUUUGAGGGAAUUAGUCGUACUUUCAAACAAAUCAUGCUUGAUACUUUUGAAAGACCAAACGUCUACAAAUGUUGUGUAAUUCCUGAUCGUAAAAAAAAAUUUGAAAAUUUACUUUUCGAGAUGGAUGAAUGUCUUAAGUCAUUACAUGAAUAUCUUAGUUGUAAACGAAUGAUUUUCCCGAGGUUUAGUUUUUUAUGUGAUGAUGAGUUAUUAAGAAUUUUGGCAGAAAAUGAUACUAUUUUAAUUCAGAAAUAUAUUGCAAAAAUAUUUGAUAACAUAGAAAUGUUCAAAUUUCAAGAAGAUGAAGUAAAUAAUGAGACUAAAAAGAUUUGUACUGCUGUCAUUUCUUGCGAAUAUGAAAUUAUGGAACUAAAAAAUCCAGUAAUCAUUAAUACAAAAGUAGAAAAAUGGAUGGCAACAUUACUGGAGGAAAUCAAAAAUUCCAAUCAGCAGUUAAUAAAAAAAGCUAUCUAUAUUUACGGCAAGAUGAAAAAACCUCGUAUCGAAUGGAUGUUUGAGUUUCAAGGUGUGGUAAUAUUUGUAGUCAAUCAAAUAUGGCGGACAGUAGAAAUCGAGGAAGUCUUUGAAAAAAUAAAGUUAAACAAUAAACGAGCCAUGAAAGAGUAUUUGUCACAACUCAAUGAUCAAUUAAAUGAAGUCGUAACACUCAUGGGUGGAAAUUCUUUGACCAAUAAUGAUCGUACAAAAUUAGACACUCUCAUAACUAUUGAUGUACAUAAUAGAGAUACAAUUAAUGAAUUUGUAAAGAAUAAUGUUAUUAAAAUUGAAGACUUCAAAUGGCAGAGUCAGUUAAGAUUUUAUUGGAUCUAUAAUUUAGAUAAUUGUUGGAUUAAUCAAUGUACUAGACGAUUCGAGUAUGGUUAUGAAUACAUGGGCUUAAAUGAAAGACUAGUUGUAACUCCUUUAACAGAUCGUAUUUAUUUGACUAUUACACAAGCUCUAUCAGUACAUUUAGGUACAUCAGUGGCAGGUUAUGCCGGUACAGGGAAAACUGAAACAGUGAAAAAUUUAGCAAAAACAUUAGGAUUAUUAUGCAUUGUAACCAAUUGCAGUGAAGGAGUAGACCAUGUAACUAUUGGGGAAAUUUUCCGAGGAUUAAUACAAAGUGGCGCAUGGGGCUGUUUUGAUGAAUUUGAUCACAUAGAUGUGUCGGUUCUUUCCAUUAUUUCGUUACAACUACAAACACUUCGUUCAGCACUACAAAGAAAGGCAACGAAAUUCUUGUUCCAAACCCAGGAUAUUGCCUUAGAUCCUAAAUGUGGGUUAUUCAUUACUAUGCAACUCAGUUACGAUAAUCAAACUCAGCUUCCGGAAUCAGUUAAAGAAUUUUUCAGACCGAUAGCUGUCGUCGUACCUGACAGUGAAUUAAUUUGUCAAGUCAAACUGUUCAGCGCUGGAUUCUUAACAGCAAAAAGCCUUGCGAAAAAAAUAACAGUGCUUUAUCAUCUCGCGAAAAAUCAAUUAAGUAAACAAAAUCACUAUGAUUUCGGACUGAGAGCUCUUGUUUCAAUUUUGAAUAGAGCCAGAUAUUAUAAAAAAGUAUCAGAAAAUUUAUUAGAAAGUACUAUAUUGUUGCGAGCUUUGAAGGACGUGAAUCUUUCUAAAUUAAUUUCUGAUGAUGUUCCGAUUUUUGUUGGACUUCUGAAAAAUCUUUUUCUGGAGUUGGAUACUUCUAUAACAGAAUAUCCAUUAUUUAAUGAAGCUGUAGAGAAUAUUUAUCAACGUAAUAAAUUCAUAAUUCUACAAAAACAGGUAGAUAAAAUCUUACAACUGUAUAAACUAACAAUGACAAGACAUGUAAAUAUGGUUGUGGGUCCAACUGGAGGAGGAAAAACCGUAAUAAUUAAAACGUUUUGUGAAACUCAAACAAGUUUGAAUAGCCUAUCGAAACUGUGUGUUUUAAAUCCUAAAGCAUACGACGUAACUCGAUUUUAUGGAGUUUUGAAUCCACUUAAUCGUGAAUGGACCGAUGGAAUCUUCAGCAAUAUUUUUCGCAAAUUCAAUCAAUCCCUUAAUUUUUCAUUGCUGAAUGAAAAAAGAUUUAUUAUUUUUGACGGGGAUGUUGAUUCAAUAUGGAUAGAAAAUAUAAACUCCGUAAUGGAUGAUAAUAGAAUUUUGACGCUUCCUAAUCAAGAGAGAAUAAAAUUACGAAAUAACUGCAGUUUGAUUUUUGAAGUCGGUCACUUAAAAUAUGCAUCACCAGCUACAGUGUCACGUGUUGGAAUAGUUUACGUCGAUCCUAAUAUUUUAGGGUAUGAGCCAUUUAUAAAGAAAUGGAUUAAAAAUCGACGUGAAUCUGAACAAGAAUUGCUUUUAGUGCUGUAUCAAAAAUAUAUUCCUAGAGUACUAGCCCUUAUUAUUGAUGGCAUAUUGGGCUUAGAGCAAGUUGAUCCUUUGCAAAUGAUUAUCCAUCAAAAUGCAUUAAACUUGGUGUCCCAGUUAUGCAAAAUGGUUGAUAGCCUUUAUCCUUCUUGUCAUCAGUCUAAUGAAACAUCAACGAAUGAUGAAGAAGAAUUUCAUGUACAUCAGGCUGACGAAGAAGAAGAAGAAGAAAAAGAAGCUUUAUUACAUGCAGUAUUCAUCCAAGCAUGUUAUUGUUCAAUGGGCGCUGCUCUUGUUUCAGAAGCUCAAUUCAAAUUUGAUGACUAUAUGAAAGAAAUAUCAGGACUAAUGAUAAUCAAAGAUACUGCAGAAAAGCUAGCUACAAUAGGUUAUAUUCCUACUGCUUACAAGUUAUUAUACGAAUACGUUUUAGACGUGAAGAAUAAAGUAUGGAAACCUUGGAAAAUGAGUGUUCCUCAAUAUAUUCAUAAUAGAAAUCAAGAUUUUCAUGAAAUUUUUGUACCUACCUCUGAUACUCUCCGUACGUUUUGGUUUAUCAGUUUGAUGAAGAGUUUAAAACAGCCUGUUCUGUUAGUGGGAGAAACUGAAACUGCAAAAACUGCAAUGAUUGAGAAUUUUUCAAGAUCUCUUGAUCCGGCUAAAUUUGCAUUAUUAAAAAUGAAUUUUUCAUUAAGAACAAAAUCGACAGAUGUUCAAAGAAGAAUCGAAUGUUAUGUAGAGAAGCGCACGCGAGAUUUAUAUAGCCCACGAUUAGGAAGAAUACUGGCAAUCUUCAUUGAUGAUAUGAGUUUACCAAUAGUUGAUUUGUAUGAAACUCAACAGCCUAUUGCAUUUCUUAAGCUUUUUUUGGAUUAUGGUGGUUUUUAUGAUUGUGAUAAAGGAUUAAAUUGGAAGCAAAUAAAAGACACUUGGUUUUUAGCAGCAAUGACCGCAGAAAGGCAAUAUAAUGCGGUUGAUCCUCGUUUUAUUUCUUUAUUGGCUGUUCACUACACGUUGCAUCCAGAUAAUACAAGUUUGAAUUACAUCUAUAGUAGUAUAUUAGCUGGACAUUUAGCGAUAUUCAGUGAUGAGAUUCAAGCAAUUACGAAUAUUCUUGUGAAGAUCACUAUUGAGCUAUGUGAGAUUGUUCAAUUCGAAUUACCACCAAUUCCAUGUAAAUUUCAUUAUAAUUUCAACAUGAAAGAUUUCUCGAAAAUAUGCGCAGGACUUCUUCAAAGUAUACCUAGUUAUUUUUUUACGGCUGCACAAUUUGUAAGACUAUGGAAAAAUGAAAUAACUCGAGUUAUCUGCGACCGGUUAAUUAGUGAGGAGGAUCGGAAUCUUGUGCAAAAUCAAUUGGAGAUGAAAAUAAAAUCCGAAUGGGAAAAAAAUCCUGAUAUAAUUGAAAAUGCUCUCAGAGAUCCAUUGCUUUUUGGUAAUUUCAGAAACGCCCUCAAUGACGAUGGAAUUCAAAGUUAUGAAGAUGUAUUAGAUUACGAAGCUGUUUACAAUCUUUUUAUUGAGUAUAAUAAAAAUAAUGUUAAGCUUGAGAUGAUUCUUUUUAAUGAUGCACUUGAGCAUUUAAUACGUGUUCACCGUAUUUUGAAAAUGCAUCGUGGCCACGUGUUACUUGUUGGAGCAAGUGGAAGUGGUAAACAAUCAGUGAUUAGACUUGCAUCCUUUGCCGCCAAAUGUGAUGUUUUCGAAAUUUUACUUGACUUUACUUAUAAUGAAACUUAUUUUCAAGAAGAUAUAAAAAAACUUCUUAAUUUAGUCGGCAUUGAAAACAAAAAAAUUUUGUUUUUAUUCACAUCUGCUCAAAUUGUAGAUGAAAACUUUUUAGAAAUAAUAAAUAACAUAUUAGCCGCAGAGAUUCCUUUUACGUUAUACACAGAAAAUGAAAUUGAUGAAAUUAAUGAUAAGUGUAAAGGAAAUGUAACUCAAGAAGGAUAUUGUAUUGACAAAGACAAUAUUUGGUCCUAUUUCACAAAAACUUGCACUGCAAAUCUCCAUAUUGCAUUGUCGAUGAGCCCAGUAGACGAUCUCUUUAAGAAACGUUGUAAAAACUAUCCUGGUAUUGUUAAAAAUACUACAAUUAAUUGGAUGUUUCAAUGGCCCCAACAAGCUCUUUUUGCAGUCGCUAAUUUUCUAAUGAAAGAUAAUAGAGAUAUUUCUGAAGAUCAUCAUGAUCAAGUUGUUCAGCAUAUCGUUGAUGUACAUGUUAAUAUUAAAAUGUAUACGAUGGAAUUGUUCGAAAAGUAUCGAAGAAAUAACUACACAACAUCAAAACAUUAUCUAGAUUUUAUAAAGACUUACUUAACACUUAUAACAAAUAAAAUAAAUAAUACAACUUUUCAAUAUAAUCGAUUAUUGAUUUGCUUAAAUAAAGUUACUGAAGUGUCUAAGUACUCUAUUGAAUUGAAUAAGAAAUUAUUAAUUAAAAAGACAGCAAUGAUUGAACAAAUAGAAGAAUAUAAUAACUUAGAAGCUUCAAUAAAAGAAUUAAAUGAAAUAAUUGUACAAAUGAAAAAAAUUAGUUUAUCAUCAAUGAAAGAUAAAAUUAAAGAAAGCAACAAAAUGAUGAUUCAAGAAUCUGCACACGAUAAAGAAAUAUUUACCGAUGUUUUUUUUGAACUGAAUAUAAACAAAACAACAUUAAACGAUUUGAAGAACAGUGAUCUUGUAGAGUUGCAAUUGCUUUCAGAACCUCCACAUUUGGUGCAAAUGGUUGGCGAGUGUAUCGCAAUAAUAAAAGGUUCGAAAGAAAUUUCAUGGGAAAGUUUUCAAAAUCUACUUAGUGAUCCAGAUUUUAUUGAAUCUUUGCAAGAAUUAGAUGUUAAUGAAAUAACUAUUGAACAGCAACAAUUAAUAGAUGCUCGUUUGAAAAAUUUUAAUGAAUUUGACGAAUUAAAAUCAAUUAGUAAAAUAGCUUUUGAAUUGUAUCAAUUUCUGCAAGUGACAUUGCGUUUAUAUACUUUCUGUCAAAAAUCAGAGAAAAUAAAAAAUUAUGAAAUUGAUUCAGAAUGCAUUGAAAUGGGAUUCAGAACCGGAGAAAAUAAAGUAGAAAACCUAGAAAAACAAUUAACAGAAUUAAAUAUGAAAUACAACGAUGCAACAUCUAUAAAACGAGAAUUGCAAGAAGAAAUAUACUCUUUACAAAAAUACUUAAUCUUCGUUGAUGAAAUGACAAACGAGCUUUUGUCUGAUAGUGAUAAGUGGGAAGAGGAAUUAAAAUGUAUGAGAGUUGAUUCUGAAUGCAUCAUUGGGAAUUGUCUAUUGUCUGCUGGAUUUUUAAUAUACUGUGGACCUUUUACUGCUGAAUUGAGAAAUAAAAUGCUUUACAAUGAUUGGAUGAAGAGCAUUAUCGAAAAAAACAUCCCAGUAUCAAAAUCAUUUAGGUUGGAAAAAUACUUGACUGAUGGUAUUCAAAAAAGUGGAUGGAAUUUUCAGGACUUAUCACAAGAUGACUUUUCAAUUCAAAAUGGAAUUCUAACGAUGUUCUCUUCCGAAUUGGUUAUUUGCAUUGAUUCUCAUCAACAAGCAUUGAAUUGGAUUAAGAAAAUAGAAAAAAAACCUUUGAAAAUUGUUUCAUUUUAUGAUCAAGAAUAUAUGGAACAAUUUGAAUCGGCUGUUAAAGAUGGAUUUUCAGUAAUCUUUCAAGACUUUGAUUAUUUUCAUUACAUUUUAGAUGAUAUUUUAGCAAAAAUCAUACGAAGUGUUAAUGGACAAUCUUUAAUCAACCAAAAUAGUACACAAAGAGAUUACAAUGUAAAAUUUCGGGUAUACUUCAUAACUAAAAUUUCAAAUCCUAGUUUCAACCUUACAAUAUUCUCGAAAGCAACUAUUAUUAAUUACAUGAUUACUACAGUAGCCCUUGAAAAUAAACUAUUAUCAAUCGUUAUGGGAUUAGAAAAAUCAGAUAUUGAAGAAAAGAAAAAUAAAUUAACUACACAGAUCAAUGCAAUUAAGAGUUCUAUUAAAAAAUCUGAAAACGGAUUUUUUGAAAAAAUAUCCACAAGUAAAAAACCCUUAUUACAAGAUAUUGACUUAUUAGAAAGUUUGGGAAAAAUCAAGGCCAACAUUCGUGAAAUGACUCUUAAAAUUGAUCAAGACAAAAAUGCAGCGGCAGAUAUUGAAGAGAUAAGCGAAAGUUAUCGUCCAGUUGCUACGAGGGGAGCAGUGUUAUUCUUUGUAUUUACCGAUCUCGCUGCAUUAGAUCCUAUGUAUCAAUAUUCAUUGUCAAGUUAUUUGGAAUUAUUUAUUCGUUCAUUAAAACAAGCACCAUCAGUAAAUAUGUCGAUAACGGAACGUAUAGACAGUAUAAUUGAAACUCUCACAAUAAAUAUUUUUGAUUAUGGGUGUUUAGGUAUUUUUGAAAAACAUAAAGUUUUACUUUCUUUUCAUAUUUGUACGAAAAUUGAAUUGAGUAUCGGUUGCAUCAGUCAAGAAGAGUUAAAUUUUUUUAUAAAAGAAAAUACUUCAGUCGAAAGUUCUCAGCGACAUCAUAUUCAAUGGCUUCCUUCGUCCAUUUUAACGGAUAUUUUUCAACUGUCAGUCGGAUUCGGGAGUUUUUCUGAUUUAUACAAUGAGUUACAAGUUAAUUCCAAUGAUUGGUAUCGAUGGUAUAAAUCAGAUACCCCUGAAUCGAGUCCAUAUCCUGGUGAAUAUUCAAAGAAAUUACAUCCAUUUCAAAAACUCAUGUUAAUUAAAUGUUUUCGUAUUGAUCGAGUUUACUGUGGAAUUAUUAAAUAUGUGACUGAUUGUUUGGGAGUUAAAUUUAUCACUCCUCGUAUUAUAAGUUUUAAAACAAUUUACAAACAAAUCGAUUCUUAUAUUCCAGUUGUAUUGAUUUUAAGCCCAAGAGUAGAGUUAACGUCAGAAUUUACUACACUUGCAGAAUUUCAUGGUUUUAAUGCUGAAAAACUGAUGAUUAUGUUUCUGGGAAAAGGCCAAGAAAAGAAAGCUAGUGAGCUAUUGGAAAUUGCAAUGACUAAAGGACGGUGGUUAGUUUUACGAAAUUGUCAUUUAGGAUUGGAAUUUAUUCGAAAACUUGAAGCAAAAAUUAAUCAUUUGAAAAAACCUCACGAUAAUUUUCGCUUAUGGCUAACGACUGAUCUUAUCAAUGACUUCCCUAUCGGAGUAUUACAGAGAUCAUUAAAAGUUGUCCUUGAGCCACCCAGUGGAUUGAAGUUGAAUUUAAAAAAUACUUAUCUGAAGCUGCAAGAAGAAAAUCUGAAAAGUUGUAGUCAUUCGAAGUACAAGCAUAUCAUUUAUAUUCUUGCAUUUUUUCAUGCAAUAGUUCAGGAAAGAAAAAGAUAUGGUAAAAUUGGUUGGACUAUAAAUUAUGAUUUUAGUGAAUCAGAUUUUAUUGUUUGUACUUCAAUUAUUAGUACAUAUUUAACUAAUUUAUCACCUACUAGUGAUUUCCCUUGGGAAAGUCUUAAAUAUCUAAUAAGUGAUGUGAUUUAUGGCGGAAAAGUAAUUGACAGAUAUGAUCAUCGCAUAGUUAAAGUUUAUGUAGAUGAAUACUUCGGAGAUUUUAUAUUUGAUACUUCUCAACCAUUCUAUUUAUAUAAAAAAAACGAAACACUUCAUUCUGUUCCGUUGGAUGGCAGUAAAGAUGAUUAUAUCUCAUUCAUAGAUAAUUUAUCUCUCAGUGAUUCUCCUGAAAUAUUUGGCCUUCACUUGAAUGCAGAAAAUACCUAUUUUGUUCGAAACAUUAGAGAAAUGUUGAUUAAUUUAAAUAAAAUGACGCCUCAGCAAUCUAUUAACAAUUUAUCAAAGCUGAAUCCAGAAGAACUUAUUGAUAAUGUAUCAAAAGAUGUUUUGAAUAAAAUUCCAUCAGAGUUUAAUAUGGCAAAAGUAAAACAUAAUUUUGGUCUGGAUGUUACACCAUCAGUUAUAGUUUUAUUUCAAGAAUUAGAGAGAUUUAACAAAUUGAUUAAAACAAUCAAUACAACGUUAACACAACUAAGAAACGCAAUAGCAGGAAAAAUCAACUUCCCUACCAGGAUGGAAAGUAUAUCCACUUCUUUAUACAAUGGUGAGUUACCUAAAGAAUGGGCUCGUUUAGCUCCAGCAACAAAAAAAAAUUUGGCUAAUUGGAUGAUCCAUAUCAAUAAAAGAAAGAACCAGUACACUGAUUGGUCGGGAAGUAAUGAACCAAUUGUUAUGUGGUUAUCUGGCCUACAUGUUCCGGAAUCAUAUAUUGCAGCUUUUUUUCAAAUUAGUUGUAAAAAAAAUAAUUGGCCAUUGGAUAAUUAUUCAAUUUACACAACAGUGUCAAAAUUUUCUAAAUUUGCCGAAAUUGAAGAGAGACUUUGUGAGAGUUGUAAUGUACAUGGAUUGUUCUUAGAAGGAGCAAGGUGGGAUAGAGAACAGCAUUGCCUGAAACAAUCAUAUUCUAAAGUGAAAUUUGAUGAACUUCCAGUGUUGUGUAUUACGACCAAAAAAUCUCUUAAUAUACAUUUAGAGAAUACUGUGAAAACCCCUGUUUAUGUAACAACAGAUCGCGAAAAUACUAUGGGAGAAGGUAUGGUACUUGAAACUGAUCUGAAAACAACUGAACAUAACUCAUUGUGGAUUUUACAAGGUCUAUGCUUGCUAUUGAACAUAGAUUGAUUAAAAAAUCCCACAAAAAUAAUUUCAUUGUAAAAAUUCACACUAAUUUCACUUUCACGAAACAUUUUGCAAUGAAAAACUUAUUCUUCGCAAAAAGAUAUGAAUUGAAAAAAUACUGAGUAACUGAUAUAAUCUUUGAAAUUGAAAAAAUUUGGUUAAAAAUCCAAUCCAAUCCAAUAAU